AUGCCCUCACCCUCAACCGCGGCUAAACCGCGCUCGUCCGGCCCUUCAGGCAUCACAAGAGCCUACCUCUUCAUUUACAAUGCAUUUAACCUUGCAGCAUGGGGCUUCUGUGUCGCCUACACAGCUUCACUGGUUCCCGGCCACUUCGCCAGCAACACCCUAAAUGCAGUCUUCGGCCAAAGCUUCUCGCCAUACCUCCUCGCAACGCAAUCCAUCGCGACCCUCGAAAUCCUUCACAGCCUGCUCAGGCUCGUGCGCGCUCCUUUCUUCACAACUGCAAUGCAAGUCGCAAGCCGUCUGCUUCUCGUUUGGGGAAUUAUGGUUCCAUUCGGCGGACAGAUCGUCGGCGCGUCUACCACCCAGCUGGGUGACUAUGCCUACCUUGGUUGUAUGAGUGCAUGGGGAAUUACUGAGAUCAUUCGUUAUGGAUUCUUUGCCAUUACCCUGUCCGGAAAUGAGGUACCGAAGUGGUGGACUUGGUUGCGGUAUAACACUUUCUACGUGUUGUACCCUAUUGGCAUUUCGAGUGAAUGCACGCUCGUUUACUUGUCGCUGGGUCCGGCUGGGGAUAUUAGUCCUUUGCUUUACUGGGGUCUUGUUGCCAUUCUGGCUAUUUAUGUGCCUGGUUCUUAUAUCCUUUACACGCACAUGAUUGCGCAGCGUCGCAAGGUCAUGCGUGGCAAGCAGCGCGCUGAUUAG